AUGGACAGGACAGGUACCGUGAGUGCCCCCUCGUCCAGACAGGUGAACAAGGUAGACCUGAGUAAGGCUGGUGGUUCCUUCCCCCUGAGGAGGCAGGAGGACCUUGAGCUGCCCAACAUGUCUCCUGACUACAGCAAGACUCCCUCCAGUCUCCAGCUGGCAGGGCCUGCAGACAGCAAGCCCCCAUGCCAACACUACCUGUCGUAUGAUGACUGGCUCACCAGCAGCAGUGGAAAAGUGGGGAAUGACACAUCAGACAGCGCAGUGCACCUGUUUGAUCAGAGUGGGAGACUAUCUGAGGUUGCUCCACACACAUCUAACACUAACAGGGAGCUGCAUAGUCACGGGUCACUGAAAACAAAAUGA